AUGAUGUCUAGCCAUAAGAUUUCCUUUUCUAUAGCUGAUAUAUUGGAUCCCAACAAAUUCAACAGCAAAAGAGCGAACGAACUUCCCAUUGCUAAAGAGAAGUUAACUGUGCCGGAUGCAGAGGGGACAAGUUUGGAAUGGGCCAGCGUAGCGGCAAGAGACUUCAGGGAUGAGCGCAAACAUGCAGGAGAAGAGACAGGCGAUGAAGACCCAGCGGUCCUCCGUGAUCCCAUUCUAACGUGUUCCUCAAGCGAGCAUGAGGACGCAGGCAGGAGAACCGUGGCCACCCCGCGGGACCCAUCACCGCACAAGCGGCGACGUGUUGACCAGGCAUGCGCCAAACCGCGACGCGCCAGAACAGCGUUCACAUACGAGCAACUGGUGGCUCUGGAGAACAAGUUUCGCGCUACUCGGUACCUGUCCGUGUGCGAAAGACUGAACCUGGCUCUGUCCCUGAGUUUGACCGAAACGCAGGUGAAAAUCUGGUUCCAGAACAGGAGGACCAAGUGGAAAAAACAGAACCCUGGAGCGGACAGCACUUUACAGACCGGCUCCAGCUCCCUGGUCAGUGUCAGUCCAAACCCACCAUCCUGUAGCUCAGGCUCUGGCGCCUUCCACCAAACUUUCUCCAACUUCAGCCCUGGGAGUGUGAUUUUCCACACAGCCGGUGGUGUUCCGCUUUCAUCCACUGGGGGGCUCUUGCAUCCAUUUAUGCCAAGUGGAUUCGUUCAACCUUACUUUAACUGA